CAACCAUUAUUGGUGCAGCAGAAACAGAAUAAACUAAUCUCUCCAUACCUGACCUCUUUCCAAAUAGAAAAGCCACUUCAAUUCCCCCACUACGGCACUACUUAUUCUCUCCAUUUCUCCCAUUUUCAACUCUUCCAUCCCCUCCAUCCAAAAAGCCCGGACCUUUCAGUCUUGGCCGGUGAUCCGAUCAUAAAACAGCCCAGCCCGGAGCUCUGAAAUGAAGAUCCAGUGCGACGUGUGCAGUAAAGACGAGGCGGCUUUCUUCUGUGUUGCAGAUGAGGCGGCGCUUUGCCACGCCUGUGACCACAAAGUCCACCAUGCCAACAAGCUCGCAAGCAAGCACCAGAGGUUCACGCUUCACCACCCUUCUUCGGAACAGGCCCCUCUCUGUGAUAUCUGCAAGGAGAGAAGGGCUUUCUUGUUUUGUCAACAAGACAGGGCUAUUCUAUGCAGAGAGUGUGAUGGUCCUAUACAUAACGCCAACGAGCAUACCCAGAAACACGAUAGGUUUGUUCUAACUGGGGUGAAGAUCUCUGCAACCUCGGCUGUCUACUCUUCAUCAUCCCCAGAUUCUGGUGAAUCUGUUCCCAGUUUAAGGUCUAAAGAUUCCUCCUCAAACAAGGUUGUUGUGGCUUCUUCACCUACCGUUCCUGCCCCAAUUUCAAAGACCACAAACAGUUAUUCAAGUUCAAACCUGGUACCUCCAAUGGCAGUAGCACAAGUUAAUGAUAAGAAUGGUGGGGCAGAUUGUUUGACUAGUAGCUUAUCAGAGUACUUGGAGAUGCUACCUGGGUACCAUGUUGAAGAGCUUCUUGAUUCAUCUUAUCCUGAUGGUUUGUGUAAGAUGGGAGAUAAUGAUGUGUUGCCAUUUUGGGAUACUGAUCUUGAGAGCAGCCUCAGUUGUAUGUCCUCAGAAAGGGCAGGUAUUUGGGUCCCACAAGCCUCUCCUCAUCAUCAUCAAUUUCAACACAACCAGACCCAAACUCUCCCCUCUGCAACCAUAGCCUUUGGUGCACAGAUUGGGUUCAAAGACCCCAAAGCCAGCAGAAGAUGGGCAGAUGAUAACUCUUUUGCAGUCCCACAGAUCAGACCUUCUUCCACUACAUUCAAGAGAUCAAGAAAUUUCUGGUAGUGAAGUCAGGAAUAGAUCAGAGUUGAAGAAUCAUUUUCUCUCUAACUUUUGUUUUUGGGUCUGUUUUGUUUUGUUCUUUAUCAAGUCAUCUGUUAUUCCCCUCCUCCUCCCCCCAUGUACUUGCCAGAAAGCAAGGAUCUUUUUGUUUGUAAAUAUGUUUUGGUUCAAUCCCAUGAUUGAAUACAUAACCUGAAAUUCAGAGAAUGUGUUCCGGAAGUUGAAUCC